AUGGAAGCCAGUGUCCUGCUCUUUCUCACUCUCCUCCUGGGCUUUGUAGUGCUCCUGCUCAGAGGCCACCCAAAGGCUCAUGGCCACCUCCCACCAGGACCCCGUCCUCUGCCCUUCUUGGGGAACCUCCUGCAGAUGGACAGAAGAGGCCUCCUCAACUCCUUCAUGCGGCUUCGAGACAAAUACGGAGAUGUGUUCACAGUGCACCUGGGGCCGAGGCCCGUGGUCAUGCUGUAUGGGACAGAGGCCAUAAGGGAAGCUCUGGUGGACCAAGCUGAGGCUUUCUCUGGCCGGGGGACAAUUGCAGUGGUUAAACCUACCUUCAAGGACUAUGGUGUGAUCUUUGCCAACGGGGAACGCUGGAAGGCCCUCCGGCGAUUCUCUCUGGCCACCAUGAGAGACUUUGGGAUGGGGAAGAGGAGUGUGGAGGAGAGGAUUCAGGAGGAGGCCCAGUGUUUGGUAGAAGAGCUGCAGAAAUCCCAGGGAGCCCCCCUGGACCCCAAGUUCCUCUUCCAAUGCAUCACAGCCAACAUCAUCUGCUCCAUUGUCUUUGGAGAGCGCUUUGACUACAAAGAUCGCCAAUUCCUGCGCCUGCUGGACCUGAUCUUUCAAAUCUACUCACUCAUCAGCUCCUUCUCCAGCCAGGUGUUUGAGCUCUUCUCUGGCUUCCUGAAAUACUUUCCUGGUACUCACAAACAAAUCCACAGAAACAUGAAGGAAAUCCUUGACUACAUUGACCACAGUGUGGAGAAGCACAGGGCAACAUUGGACGCCAGCAAUCCAAGAGACUUCAUUGAUACCUACCUUCUACGCAUGGAGAAGGAGAAGUCCAAUCCACACACGGAGUUCCAUCACCAGAACCUCAUUAUCUCCGUGCUGUCUCUCUUCUUUGCUGGCACCGAGACCAGCAGCACCACGCUCCGCUAUGGCUUCCUGCUCAUGCUCAAAUACCCCCAUGUUGCAGGAAAGCGCAUUUGUCUUGGAGAAGGCAUCGCCCGCAAUGAAUUGUUCCUUUUCUUCACCACCAUGCUCCAGAACUUCUCCUUGUCCAGUCCUGUGGAUCCUAAGGACAUUGACCUCAGUCCCAAGGAGAGUGGCUUUGGCAGAGUGCCCCAAGAAUACCAGAUCUGCUUCUUGUCCCGAUGACUGGACUGAGGCGGCCAGGUGUCUCUACUCCUGUUAUAAUGGCCCUGCCCAUGUCUCUGCC